GGCACCACAGUCAGUCAGGUGAUGGAAGCUUUCUUCCUAGUACUGUUACAUGCAGGUUUGUGCUAACAUUUCCAGCCUGAUGAUAACUAUUACCUAUUGAGCUAGUAACGUAUAUCUGAGGCGGAGGAGAAGGCACUGGUGUAUCGGUGGUAACACGGAGCAGGCCUGCAGUUUAAAAAUGAGCCACUUAGAAGAGCAGCAAUGUAAUCCACAAGUGAAAAACGUGUCCAAGAAAAAAACUCAAAAGUCUAUGACGUUGGUUGACUACAUUUCAGAUCCCAGGCGGGAAGAAUCACUUGUUGGUCUGCAGUAUGUAGUGGAAAUUAAAAUGUUAGAUUCUGAUCAGAGUAUUGUAAAGUGUAACUUAUGUGGCGUUAAGGGUAAGAUGGCGACUAUGAAGGAACACCUAAGUGGAAUAAAUCACAUUAAAGUCUAUAUGGAAAAACAUUACCUUUCAGUGCUUCAGAGUUUGAAAAGAUCAUGUCCAUACAAGAGCCAAUUUGCCAAGCUGCUUAAGGAUUAUGCAAAAGAGAUAGAACGUGCAGAAGGAACUCAAAGUGUAAAAAUUGAGUAUGUUUCCGCAGCAGAUAUGAAGAAAGAACAAGCGGGCAAACGAUCAGCAGCUGCACGAUUAGCGUUUUCUGCUGACCAGAAAAAACUUCAAGUUUUAGAUAAAAGACAAUUGGCUUUAAAUUAUUCGGAGACAUUCAAGAUCUUAUCCCGGGAAGAAGCAACCAUAGUGUUGAACUUAACACAGCAGCUGAGUGACCAACUUGAGCAAUAUUUUUUGAAAUACAAAGGACUUGAUUUUCUGGAUUCCACAAUGCCAGACAGUAUCUCUACAAAACCCACAACAGAACCAAAAGAUCUUCCUCCAAUUCAUCAUGAAAACCCACAUCCUAUAAGUGCUGCAGACCCAGGUUUGAAUAAGGAGAUGCAGUGGCAUGCAGAAAAGCCAUCUUCUUCUUCUUCUGUUUUUUGGACUGAUUGUGCUUCAGAAGAUACCAGGGGGAUGAAACGCAAACCUGAGAUGCAUGAAGAUGUUUCUCAUGAUUGUGAUGUUCGUCCAGAAAGCAGCUCUGCCUCUGAAUUUCAGGACAGAACAAAGAGACAGCACCAAGAGCAUGAUAAUUGUGCAACCAUGCAUUCAUCUCUUUUCUACAUGAAUGACAUAGGACUCCCCCAGUAUAGGUCAGCUGAAGUGUCUUCCUCAUAUUCCUCUUCCAUUGCAGCCACUUACACACAUUUUAGCGUCCCUGAGACAUCUGGUGGAGAGCUGCAGAUGGUAAAGGAUACACCUCCAUAUAGUGUCUCAGAGAAUAGUUUGAAUGACAUUUCUAAAACGGAGACUGUUCAAAAAACCGAGUCACCAAAUUACUCCGACACAGCAGAGACCUCUAAUGUAGAUGCUGACAGAAAUACUGCUGUUCCUGGACUAUCAUCUUCCACUAGUGACUCUUCACAUGAACCUAGUUCUGAAAAGCCUGCAUCGAGCCAUUCACAAGGAAAAACAUCCAAAACUCUGAGUCCUGAUAUACUUCAACUUCUCAAAGGAAAGGAUGCCAAUACCGUAACAAAUAUCCUCCGGACACUUUCUCCCUUUUAUCCUGCUCUUCAAGAAGUGAACCUUGAGAUUCUUGCCCAGGUGCUUGUUAACACUGGGGUGCUCGACUGAUGUCCUGAGAUACCAGUUUAUCAGUGUGGUAUGAAAGCUGCAUUUAAAAUCCAGUAACAAUUUCUUCCUGUUUAGUAACCAAGACCAAAUAGAGUAACGUCCAUUCUAUACAUUUUGUCUCCAAAGUGGAUUGCUUUUAUUUUAAUAAAGUUUCU